AUGGCCAAUUGUUUCCAGAUACCGUACCGGAAGUCCCGGGAGGGCUUCUGGGGAGACCAAACCUCGACCCUGAACUGGUGUGGUGCUUACCUCGUUCUGAACCAGGACUACAACAUCACCAUGUACUGUGCCGAGCUGGUCAACACGGCGACCAACCUCGUGUUUAUGUGGCUAGGUCUCAAGGGCUUCCGGAAUUGCCUGGUGUACUCUCAUCCGCCCAUCUUCACUUUGGCAUACAUUGGGUACCUGGUUGUCGGUGCCGGUUCAAUGGCGUUUCAUUCAACCUUGAAAUACUCGAUGCAGCUAGUUGACGAGCUGCCCAUGAUCUAUACAACUUGUAUCAUGGCCUACGCCGCGUUGACAUACUCGAGAUCCGUUCGGUUCCGCGUCGUGACUGCGGCUAGCCUUGCUGCGCUUGCAUGGUGGAUAACGGACCACUAUCUUCGCGCGAAGGAUCCCGUCUUCCACCAGGUUGCCUAUGGGGUCAUGACAACGUCUCUCGUAACCCGUGGCAUAAUUGUCAUGGAGUACCAGCUUCGACCGGCAUUACGGCAACGAAAUCCAGAGGAGUGCGAUAAAAUCAUGAAGCAGAUGUGGAAGUUGACUGUGACUGGUCUCGGUAUGUUCUUGACGGGCUUCUUUGUUUGGAAUAUGGACAACAUCUACUGCCGCCAUCUGUUGGCGGCAAGGAAUCAUCUACUGCUGCCGUGGGCUGUGGUCCUCGAGGGCCAUGGGUGGUGGCACGUUUUAACAGGACUAGGUGACGAUGAGAGAUAUUCGUUUGUCAAAUGUCUCGUCAAUGGCCUGUGGGGUCAUGCAGAGUCUCAUUUGCAUCUCAUCAAGCACUUUCCAAACCACGAUCACCGCUGCCACAGGUCUUCACCUCGAGUCAGGCUUAGAAUCGCCAUGUCGAUAUCAAAUGAAGCUCUUCAGAAGCUCGUAAGAGAGAUCGAGUCGCAGGCGAUCGCUGCCCAACAGCAGAUCAGUCUCGUCAGGACACAGCUGGCGUCUAAGCAGCGAGAAAUGCGGUUGGCCCAGCUGACGCGAAGCGAGCUCUCGUCGCUCCCGGCCGACACCGCCGUCUAUGAGGGUGUUGGCAAGAUGUUCGCCGCAGUGCCGGUCCCGGAACUACAAGACAAGCUGGCAUCGCAGAUGAAGGAGAUGGAGACCGACGUCGAGGGCCUAGGCAAAAGGCUUCACUACCUAGAGAUGACAGCGAAGAACAGCCAGGACCACAUCGAGAAGAUGCUCAAGGGCGGAGUGCAGGCUUGA